AUGACAACAGUACCAAACUUGCGAGCAAUGAGACGAGAAAAAGUUCCCCUUUGGGUUGCUCUUAUUUUAAAAUCACAGGACAAGUGUAAUAUAGUUCCACCGAGAUGGCUUAAUUUUAAUUAUUUGAAGGAGAAAUAUGAUGACGAAAUAAGGAAACCAACACAGUUCAGCGACCUACCUUGGAACUGGCUUGAACUUUCAAAGAUCCUACUUACAAAAGCAUCGGAUGACUUGCCUGACUCUAUAUCCAAUCUACGGUCGAUAAUACAGGAUUUGAGAGAGAUACGAUUAAUCAAGUCGCGGAAGGGAUUGAAAGAGUUGAACGAGUCGAAUAUCCAAUUGAAUGGGUUGUCGUUGUUGGAGAUCAAUGAAAUGCGACCAUUUGUCCUCCCUGUUAUGAACAAGUUACGACAAUUGCAUGACACAACUUUGAAGCAUGAUGCUGGAACAAAUGAGGAAAAUAUGGCGGAUAUUUCAGAUGAUGAGUAG